CCCGGACGGGCUAACCAACAAGAACAUUGCCAGGUACGGAUUACACCGUCACACCGGACUCUGGGCCUGAGACAAGUUCGUUCGUCUGGCAACGCCGCAGCAAUCUUCUUCGAAUUUCCUUCUUCUCCUUCUUUCUUUUCCUCCCUGCUAUCAAAAGCAGCGGCACAUUGAUGUGUGCAAGCGAGCAAGCAUUUCGAUUGCCACCCAUUGAUCUCGAGUCGUAAACCAGGAGCGUAGCUCUGAGGUCAUCGACCUUCUUUCCGAGCGGUCCCCGCGAAACCGAUACAGCUCGUCCGAUCCCGCCUGGCCCGGCGUAGCGAAGUCCACAAUGCCCAUCAUCAAGGACAACGAGAUGGUGGGCCCUGCACCGCCCACGGCCUCCGGACUGACGAGGUCGCGAGGGUCGGCCGAGGACCUCGGCGUCUUCGACGAUGCGAAAACCUACUAUUCGGCCGAGGAGCGCCACCGAAACCACCGUGCCGGUCCGCGAACCCGCACCUACUCUCAGAACAGCUUGCUGAAGCAGAUGGAACGCACAAUUGUGCACGAGCCGUACAGGCGAGGAAGUCACGACGAGAGCACUCUCCCCCAUUCUCGCCGCUUUCUGAUCCAGGUCGAGCCGACCCUCCAGAGUCUUCAAUUGCAAGAAGACACAGAUAGGAACAUGCAGAUCACGAUUGAGGAUGCUGGUCCGAAGGUUCUCACCUUGCGCACCGCCGCAUCCAAUGGGUAUAACCGCUUUGACAUUCGCGGCACCUAUAUGCUCUCCAACCUGCUGCAGGAGCUCUCGCUCGCUAAAGAGUACGGUCGUAAGCAAAUUGUGCUUGACGAGGCGAGACUGAAUGAGAAUCCGGUCAACCGGCUUUCCCGCCUGAUUCGGGACCACUUCUGGGAAGGGCUGACGCGGCGGAUUGAUGCGUCGAGCAUUGAAAUUGCGGCCCGAGACCCCAAGGAUUGGACUGACGAUCCCCGCCCGCGAAUCUAUGUCCCCAGGGGCGCCCCGGAGCAGUACGAAUAUUACACCAAGCUGGCCAAGGAGCGGCCCGAAAUCCGGCUGGAUGUGCAGCUGCUCCCGGAGAAGAUCACCCCCGAGCUGGUGCGGGACAUGAACGCCAAGCCCGGUCUGCUGGCGGUAGACAUGGAGGAAGUCACGGACCCCAAGACGGGGGCGAAGACGCUGAGAGGCCGGCCCUUCGUCGUGCCGGGAGGACGGUUCAACGAGCUGUACGGCUGGGACAGCUACAUGGAGUCCCUCGGCCUGCUGGUUCACAACAAGGUCGACCUGGCCAAGUCGAUGGUGCUCAACUUCUGCUUCUGCAUCAAGCACUACGGCAAGAUCCUCAACGCGACGCGCUCGUACUAUCUCUGCCGGUCACAGCCGCCCUUCCUGACGGACAUGGCCCUCAGAGUGUAUGAUAAGAUCAAGAACGAGCCGGGCGCGCUUGACUUCUUGCGGACCGCCAUCCUCGCGGCCAUCAAGGAGUACCACAGCGUCUGGGUGGCCGAGCCGCGGUUGGACCCGGUCACGGGCCUGUCCCGGUACCGGCCCGAGGGCCUCGGCGUGCCGCCCGAGACCGAGGCUGGCCACUUCGUCCACAUCCUGGAGCCGUACGUGAAGAAGCACGGGGUCAGCUUCAAAGAGUUCGUCGACGCGUACAACCACGGCAGGAUCAAGGAGCCGGAGCUCGACGAGUACUUCAUGCACGACCGGGCGGUGCGCGAGUCGGGCCACGACACGACGUACCGCUUUGAGGGCGUCUGCGCCAACCUGGCCACCAUCGAUCUCAACUCGCUCCUCUUCAAGUACGAGACGGACAUCGCGCGCACGAUCCGCAACGUGUUCGGCGACAAGCUGGUCAUCCCGGCCGAGUUCUGCGUCGGCGACAUGGCGCCGGGCCACGUCGAGACGUCGGCCAUCUGGGACCGGCGGGCCAAGCGGCGCAAGCUCGCGAUCGACAAGUACCUCUGGAACGAGGAGGCGGGCAUGUACUUCGACUACGACACGGUCAAGCGCGAGCAGCGCACGUACGAGAGCGCGACGACCUUCUGGGCGCUCUGGGCCGGCGUCAGCAGCCCCAAGCAGGCGGCCGCCAUGGUGACGCGGGCGCUGCCGCGGCUCGAGGCCGAGGGCGGCCUGCUGUCGGGCACGCGCGAGAGCCGCGGCGAGGUCGGGCUCGAGCGCCCCAACCGCCAGUGGGACUACCCGUACGGCUGGGCGCCGCAGCAGAUGCUGGCCUGGACCGGCCUGUACCGGUACAGCUUCACCGAGGAGGCCGAGCGCCUGGCCUACAAGUGGCUCUUCAUGAUCACCAAGGCCUUUGUCGACUUCAACGGCGUCGUGGUCGAGAAGUACGACGUCACGCGGGCUAUUGACCCGCACCGCGUCGAUGCCGAGUAUGGCAACCAGGGCCUGGACUUCAAGGGCGUCGCGAAGGAGGGGUUCGGCUGGGUAAAUGCCAGCUACAUCUAUGGUCUGCAGAUUGUCAAUGCCCACAUGCGCCGAGCCCUAGGCACGCUGACCCCGUACGAAACAUUUGUCAAGGCGGUGGAGGAGAACAAGGCCAAGGCACUUGCCGAGCUGGUCUGAUUUUUCUCCAAUCUCUCUUCUUUUCACCCUUCAUCCUCUUUAGGUCGAGGAUAAAUACGGUUAGGGGUACCUCAUUUUGAGGGAGAUUUUUUUUUUUUUUUUUUCUUUGUUUCUCUCCAA